AUGGCCUUCCUGCUGAAGACAAUGAUGGGCUCUUCUAUGAAAAAUCUGGGAAAUAACUUGACUGGAGGUGAAACCGAACAGAAGGAAAACACAGAUGGGAAAGAGACAGCAGAAUCCAAAGGCAUGUCAAGAGAGGAAUUUGAGGAGUAUCAGAGGCAGCUGGUGGAGGAAAAGAUUGAAAGGGAUCACGCCUUUGCACAAAAGAAAGCAGAGCGGGCCACAGUAAGAAUGCACAUGCGGGACAAGUACAGACUACCACAGAGUGAGAAGGAUGAUGCUCAGAUUCAAAUGGUGGGAGGUGAUGUCGAUUUACCUGAGGAUCUGGCUAAGAUGGUGCAGGAGGAUGAGGAGGAGGAAGAAGACCAGAACUCACUCUUGGCGAUGCUGCCGGACCUUGAUAUUGAUGCCCUGAAGAUACGAGCACAGGGAACGAUCACUGAGGUGAAGAGGGUAGCUGAGGAGAAAUGUCAGAUUAUGUGA